CUGGGCGUGGCGGCCAUUUUGUUUUGGAGAGCGAGCGGGAGUUGGCGGCAGCGGCUGUGGUGAAAGGCAGGAAAGGGCACGCCGGGCGAGCAGGCGAACCGGCCGACCGGACAGCCACCCAGCAGCAACGAACUAACCUAGCAUUCUACCGUUUAACACAUACAACCAACCGCCCACCAAGUUAAUCCGAGCCCCUCCACCGUCAACUCAGGUUCGGCCGGCCCCCGGCCAGCCUGUCGCAGCCGUGGUGGCAACCCCGGGAGGAGCACUGGCGUCCGUUUCCUUCGAUUCUCGGGAUUUGAAGAUGGCUGCACAGUCAGCACCGAAAGUUGUGCUAAAAAGCACCACCAAGAUGUCUCUAAAUGAGCGCUUUACUAAUAUGCUGAAGAACAAACAACCGAUGCCAGUGAAUAUUCGGGCUUCGAUGCAGCAACAACAGCAGCUAGCCAGUGCCAGAAACAGAAGACUGGCCCAGCAGAUGGAGAAUAGACCCUCUGUCCAGGCAGCAUUAAAACUUAAGCAGACUUUAUAUGCAAGUCCGGACAGUGGCUGUGGAAGGAUAUGUCCAAGCUGUGGCUGGGCGUCUGGAGGGCGGUGCCAUGCAACUAAGAGCUUAAAGCAGCGCCUGGGUAAGAGUAACAUCCAGGCACGGUUAGGCCGACCCAUAGGGGCCCUGGCCAGGGGAGCAAUCGGAGGACGAGGCCUGCCCAUUAUCCAGAGAGGCUUGCCCAGAGGAGGACUACGUGGGGGACGUGCCACAAGAACCCUACUUAGGGGCGGGAUGUCGCUCCGAGGUCAAAACCUGCUCCGAGGUGGACGAGCCGUAGCUCCCCGAAUGGGCUUAAGAAGAGGUGGUGUUCGAGGUCGUGGAGGUCCUGGGAGAGGGGGCCUAGGGCGUGGAGCUAUGGGUCGUGGCGGAAUCGGUGGUAGAGGUCGGGGUAUGAUAGGCCGGGGAAGAGGGGGCUUUGGAGGCCGAGGCCGUGGACGUGGACGAGGGAGAGGUGCCCUUGCUCGCCCUGUACUGACCAAGGAGCAGCUGGACAACCAAUUGGAUGCAUACAUGUCGAAAACUAAAGGACACCUGGAUGCUGAGUUGGAUGCCUACAUGGCACAGACAGAUCCUGAAACCAAUGAUUGAAGCUUGCUCACCCUCCUGUGAGACUCUUGUUCUAGUCACACAUCUGUAAAUAACCUUGAGAUAACAGAUGGGAAGAAACCUGAUUGAUGCUGGAAGGACCUAUCAUAAUAGGCUGUGGACUGACUUGCCACAAGUUUGUGCAUUUAGUGUGUUCCUUUUACUUUUUGAUACUGUGUUGUAUGAAACACUUUUUUCCUCUGACUUGGGUUUUGUUUUGUUGUAUUGUUGUUUGAGGUGGGUUUUGGUUUUUGAUUUUUUUUUUUCUUUUUUUCCUUUGCCCAGACUUAUCUUUGAACACAAAUGUGUUGGCCUUAUGGCUAAUACACCCUUUUCUCGCCUCUGCCUCCCCCUCACCUGUCACAUACUUUGACAUUCUAACAUUUUUUCUGUUCAUCUAUGUGCCCCCAUGAAAAAGUCCCAGAAAGAGCCCUUCGGUGUUCCUCCUUAAUGUGUAGGUUUAUGAGAUACAGUUUUGCAUCAUUUUUAAUAGCCUUCUUUAGAGGCUUUUAAAAUCUGGAGCUCAAAAAUGCAUUCUGCCACAUUGAUGUUUUUAGUAUGGUAAAUGAGGAACCUUGACAUAGCUACAAGGCCACCUAACAGGUUACACCUGGUAGCUCUGAUUUGAUUAUGGGUAUCACAGUGUACAUUUGCACCACAUAAGCAAUAUGCUGGUUUGGUAUGUGCACUUUCUACCCUGGAAUGGGACUUAAAAACUUUCCGCUUGGCUUUGCAUCAUAUCCAAGGGGUACUUUGGGGUUGGCUUACGCCUGCAAAAGGAGAGAGGAAGGCCAUUUGGUUUGGCAGAUGCUUCCGAAGGGAAAGGGCUGGAAAAUGAUGGCAGGUGUCUGGCGGGAAGGAUCAGAAAAUAUCCCUGCUGAGAUGCUAUCAUCCCUGUGUUUAUACUGAGACUAGUCUUGGGCUUCUCCAUUCAUUGGUUUUGUUUGACCCUCAUCUUAUUCCCCUUGAAGGUUUAGUUAAGUUCAGCCGUAUUCUGUCAAGUGUUCCAGUGGAAGCUUUUGUUUCUGGUUGAUUGUAACAAGAAAUAUGUUCUCUCAAAUCCA